AUGGGCAAUGUCAACAGUUCCGAAACUUCCGACAAAAACCAAGUUGAGUUAUCACAUUUUCGACCGAUUAAAAUUAUAGGCAAAGGGUCCUUUGGCAAGGUCCACAUGGUGCAGCAUAUUGAACGGCGUGAACUGUAUGCGCUAAAGAGCAUUAACAAGGAGCAAUGCAUAAAAAUGAAGGCAGUGUACAACAUUAUCCGGGAACGGACAAUUCUGGAACAGCUCAAUCACCCGUUAAUAUGCAACAUGCGAUUUGCUUUUCAAGACGACAAAAACAUGUACAUGGCGAUGGAUUUGAUGCUAGGCGGAGAUCUCCGAUUUCAUUUGUCGCGUUCCCAGCUUUCCGAAGAAAUUGUCCGUUUCUGGAUGGCUGAAUUAACGUGUGCUGUCAAAUACCUUCAUUCACAAGGACUGGUUCAUCGGGAUAUUAAACCUGAUAAUGUGCUAUUAGACCAGGAAGGCCACGUCCACCUAAGCGAUUUUAAUAUUGCGUGUCGAAUCCCUCGGCAUGGGGUCAUGACAUCUCAAUCAGGCACAGCUGCUUAUUUUGCCCCGGAAGUUUUCAAAGGAUGUGGAUACACCGAGGAUGUGGAUUGGUGGAGCGUUGGGAUUACAUUUUAUGAAUGUAUCUACGGAAAGCGUCCGUGGCGAUCUCAUGAGCGAGGAAAUGAUUUAAGGAAAAGUGUACUGUACGGUGCCAUCGCCUAUCCUCAGAACGAGCAAUACCCGAUUUCUCCUCAAUGCAUUUCAGCUAUUAGCGGUUUUCUAGAGCAUGAUCCUAGGAAACGUCUGGGCCAUGGCACGUUGGGAUGGGCAAGAUUAAUGCAACAUCCUUUUUUCCAGUCCGUUCCGUGGCAGAGCAUCAACGCAAAGGAAUGUGACCCGCCAUUCAAGCCAUCUUCCAGCGCGCCCAACUUUGACGCUUUUUAUGAGCUCGAGGAGAAUGUCAUCGAAAUAUGUUCAGCAUAUCAGUCGGAGCCAUCGCCCGAGGGGCUGUUUGGAUGGCUGUUCCGUGGAGAUCCCAAGAAGACGGGUGACGAUGGAUUAUCUCCGCAAAGACGUGAACACGACAGACAAUUAAUGGAAGAAUCAUUCCAUCCGUUUGAUUGCACUAUCUAUGAGCAGUAUGAAGGAUUUCUUGAUCCAGAGCGUUUAACCGUCGGCCCUCCUCCGACGUGGGUGAAGCCUGCAUUUCGAAGAGCCGAUAACGGAAACAUUCCAUCGAUGAAACAAAUUCCUUUGGCCCAGCAUGCCACGGUAAAGUAUCAUCAACUAAAACCGUCUUCUAUUCUGUCCGAAGAUAUAUUGGCAAUGGAUCACGUCAACAGUAAACGGGCGAGUACUCGGUCUGUAGAAGGUGCACGAUCUCCUUCGCGAGCCGAUAGUGCUUGCACUUUAGGAUCGACCAUCGACGAGUGCAAAAACAAACGUCGCUCAAGUUCCCAAAGCUUUAAAGAAAGAAGAGAACGUGACCGACGACGCAGUGCGGGCUACGUGUGCAAAGAAGCCAACGGUAUCAUCGCCACCGCCGAAUGA